AUGCCCUCCAUCCUCGCCACGGCGAUCCAGUCUUCGUUACUCAAGGGCACCGCAAACUUCACGGCGCAAAUCGUCAACCAGCACAGGCAGGCCGGCGGCAGCGCCGGGGCCCCGCUCGACGUCCGUCGCGUCCUCGAGUUCGCGACUUUUGGCUUCAUUCAAGGCCACAUCAACUACUGGUGGCAGCACUUUCUCGAAGACCAGUUUCCCAACUCAGCGUCAUCGGCCCGCGGCAGGGGAAGGAAGGCGCCGGCGCCCAAGAACUACUUCAAUGUCGCCCGCAAGGUCCUCGUCGACCAGACCGUCGGCCUGUUCAUGAUGAACUCGGCCUUUCUUCUUAUCACGUCGGCCCUGCGCUUUGGAUUCUCUCCGAUCGUCUACCAGAUCUGGAGCGAGAGGAUAUUCGAUCUCAUCAAGGCAGCAUGGAAGUUCUGGCCUCUGGUAGCUAUGCUCAAUUUCGCACUCGUGCCCGUGGGGUAUCGAGCGCUGGUGGGCAUGUGUGUUGGAUUUAUAUGGAAUAUGUUUCUGACGUUUUUUCUUUUGUAA